GCACGUGCCUGACUGUGCACGAGCCCCGCGUGGUGAACCGUUCUCAGGGGUGGCACGUGAAAACGUGGAAGAUGAAGCAACUACGUUACAAAGCGCGGUGAGCGGAAGAAUACGGGGUCAUUUAAUGACGGAUACACGGAGCAACCUUGCAGAGGAGGUGAAGGGUGGGGGGAUAAAAAAAAAGAAAAAAAGAUUGCUUCCCGCGGUUUGUCCUGAGACUUUUCUCCCAGACAGCACUGCGCUGAACGCGGUGCCCUAUUUCCAGGCGGCUCCGUCUACCUGCGCCGGGGCCCCGCCCCCCUUUUUUCGGCUCCCCUCCUCGGAGUGCGCGUUGCACUCGGUGCAGUAGGAGGGUCCAUGUGCACAGAAUGACGGCUCUCUGACUUCCAAGUCAAACCGACUCCUCCGUUUUGUUUUGUAUUACUGUUUUUUUUUUUCUUUAAAAUCUCGGGGCCAAGCAUCGCUUUAAAAAAAAAAAAAAAAGAAGAAGAAGAAGAAGAAAAAAAAAAAGAGACAAAUUAGUUGCGGCCAUAAUGUGAGCUCAUCUCGCUGGUGUCGUCCGACCCCCUCCGCCGCCGUUCAGUCCUGUCAGGGAGCAGCGGCUCGCUGUGGAGGAUUACUACUGAUAAUACGCAGUAGACUUCACCGGUGUGUCUGCCUGUCAAACUACCAAACUAUGUUUCGGAAAGAGUAGGCGCAGCACGUCCGUUGUGUAUUUUUUAUUUUAUUUGACUUUGGCGUGUCUUUUGGUUGUUGUGUGUUAUUUUUUUUUUAUUUUUUUUGCGUGGUCCUUUUUGGAUUAUCGCUGCCCAGCAACACGGCCACCUGACAACUCCGAAUGUCGUAAUCAAGGCGAAUCAAUGAGCCAGCUAUGGAGACCAAAAGAUACCAAAGUUUCUUUGAUGGAAGUGAUACAGUGAACAGAUGGUCGCAAGUCCCCAUCACCAUGGAGCACUGCUGCAGCACGGAGGAUUCAAGUCUGACUAGCAGCGAUAUCCUGAUGGACAUAGUCAACGUCAGCUGCGCUGCCGGAAGCCCGGCCGCCGACUGCAAGGAGACCAACACGAAGAAGCAGGAGCAGCCGAUGCUUCGGCUCGGCCAGAACCAGCCGUUUGUUCUCCCGCUCUUCAACAACUCCCUUCAUGGUCACAAGCAGGAUAUGGACUCUAAAGAGCUAUCCAAGACCGUGGCUGAGUCUAUGGGCCUGUAUAUGAAUGCUGCCAGGGAGGCAGACUUUGCCUUCAGCCAGCAUGGGGGCAGUAGCAGCCCUGGGAAGAUGUACACCGUGUGUGGACGGGCCCUAGAGGAGGCCCAGUGUGGAUCCACGAAAAGCCCCAAGUUAAAGCCAUUUGGGUUCCAGCAGCCCAGCACCACUCCCAGAGAACGCACCACUGAAACUCCGGUUAGUUCGGCCUCAAUGCUGGCCUCGUCUCUGUCCUGCAGCCCCCAGACGUCCAGCGCCAUCUCCAGCCCGGGGGGCAGCAACAAUAUGGUGUCGUCAACCACCAGUCCUCCAGCGUGUUUCGGUCCGGUGUGCCCGUCCGCCUGCAGUCCUGUCAGCCAGACGUCUUGUGCUGCAGCCUUGGCCAACAUCAAGCGCAGGAAUUCAGCCACAUGUAGCCCCGUGGAGUCCAGCACAGUGGGCUCGCCGCCUCUCACCAGUCCGCCCAACGUCAUGAGGUCCCCCUUGUCCAGCCCCCAGAGUAUGAGCAGCGUGAGAUCGCCUCCGUCCUGCAGCACCACCUGUAACAUCAGGUCAUCUGUGUCGAGCCCCACGGGUGGCUGCUGCACCAGCACUGCCAACAACGGCAUCACAGCAAGGCCCUCCAUCUCCAGUCCGGCCAAAGGGGGCGCUAUGGCCGUCAACAGCCCACAGAACCCCUCCUCAGGUGGGUUUCCGCUGUGCAGUCCCGCUAGCAGACUAGGUUUGGUGCAGAAUGACACCAGCAGCCCGGAAGCGGCAGGUCGGACCAGAGACGCGGACUUCAAGAGCUUUGAAUUCCCCAAAGUAGAGAUGGUAGACGGGGAGGUGUUCAACGUCGGCUUAGACCAGAUGGGCAUGGUUAAGUACAUUAAGAACGAGCCUGGAACUGACUUCAGGAGCAUGUGUUUGGGCAGCUCCAAAUGCAGUGGGAGUAGCACACCUUUCAUCACACAGAUCAAGAGCGAGCCGAACCAAGAUGAGGGAUGUAUGAACCAACAGCCCUAUGGCGACCACUCGCCAUCCCAUAGUCUCUAUCCCGCAUCCGAGACAACCUACCUGUCCUUGAGGAAUAACAUUGAUGAAUACAGUCUUUCUGGUAUCUUAGGACCCCCUGUCCCGUCCAUGAAUGGGACCUACGAUCCCGACGUGUUCUCCAACAAUGUCCUGUCUAAAGGGGUUAAGCAGGAGACCCCUGACGGAAGCUAUUACCAAGAGAACAACAGCGUGCCCACGUCGGCUAUUGUUGGAGUUAAUUCCGGGGGGCAUUCGUUCCAUUACCAGAUUGGAGCGCAAGGAACAAUGUCUUUCACGCGGCACGACGUGAGGGACCAGUCCAACCCUUUAUUGAAUCUAAUUUCGCCCGUAACGGCGUUAAUGGAGUCGUGGAAAUCUCGGCCGGGCAUGUCACAGGGCUCGCUGUCGGCCAGGGGCGAGGGAUACCUGGGUCAGAACUGCAUCACGGACAGCUUGACCAGCUCGCCACUGAGACAACUGUCCUCCACGGCCAAAGUGUGCCUGGUCUGCGGAGACGAGGCGUCGGGGUGCCACUACGGCGUGGUGACGUGCGGAAGCUGCAAGGUGUUCUUCAAAAGGGCCGUGGAAGGUCAGCACAACUACCUGUGUGCCGGGAGAAACGACUGCAUCAUCGACAAGAUCCGGAGGAAAAACUGCCCGGCGUGUCGCGUGCGGAAGUGUCUCCAGGCCGGCAUGAACCUGGGAGCGCGGAAGUCCAAGAAGCUGGGGAAGCUGAAGGGCGCCAGCGAGGACCCGCCGGGCUCCAAGGACGCCCAAACGGCCGCCGGCGCCGUCGGAGGCGGCGGGUACCUGUCGUCGGAGAAGGAGCUCAACGCCGGCGCCGGCGCCCUGGUGCCCCACGGGCCCGGCGGGGUCACGCCUUUCCUGCCGCCCUCCAUCUGCAGCGUGCUGGAGCUGAUCGAGCCCGAAGAGGUGUACUCCGGCUACGACAACACGCGGCCCGACACCACCGACCACCUGCUGUCCAGCCUCAACCGCCUGGCCGGGAAGCAGAUGGUGCGCAUGGUGAAGUGGGCCAAAGUGCUUCCAGGUUUCCGGGGCCUGCCCAUCGAGGACCAAAUCACCCUGAUCCAGUACUCGUGGAUGUGUCUGUCCUCCUUUUGCCUCAGCUGGCGCUCCUACAAACACACCAACGGACAGAUGCUCUACUUUGCCCCCGACCUCAUCUUUAACGAGGAGCGCAUGCAGCAGUCGGCCAUGUACGACCUGUGUCUGGGCAUGAGGCAGGUGAGCCAGGAGUUUCUACGGCUGCAGCUGAGCUACGACGAGUUCCUCUCCAUGAAGGUCCUUCUGCUCCUCAGCACAGUUCCCAAAGAGGGUCUGAAGAACCAGGCGGCGUUCGAGGAGAUGAGGGUGAAUUACAUCAAGGAGCUCCGGCGCUCGGUGGGGAAAGCGACCAACAACUCCGGCCAAACCUGGCAGCGCUUCUUCCAGCUCACCAAGCUACUGGACGCCAUGCAUGAUCUGGUGGGGAACCUGUUGGACUUCUGCUUCUACACCUUUCGGGAGUCCCAGGCCCUGAAGGUGGAUUUCCCCGAAAUGUUGGUGGAGAUCAUCAGUGACCAGAUACCAAAGGUGGAGUCGGGCCUCACUCACACAAUCUACUUCCACAAGAAGUGACAGCGUUUAAAAAAAAAAAAAAAGAGAA